UAGAUUCACCUCCAUCACAAUUCAUAAACCCUAAAUCAAAUCCUCUUCUCUCACUCCUCAACCCUAAACCCCCAAACACCGGCAACACCACCACCGCACAAUUCCACCGUCGCCACCUCAUCCACCGCCGCAUUCUCCUUUUCAACCAUAAAAACACAUCAGAACUACAAAAAGAACAAAAAAUGAAAGUUCCAGAGGAAGAAAACAACGAGAUUAACGCUACAACAAUAGCAUCAAAUGAUGAGAAUUCGAAUUCGGAACCGGAAUUGGAAUCGGAAUCGGAAUCGGAAAUGGAAUUGAGAUUGAAGAAAUUGAAGAUGAAGAAGAAGCUGAAAAUGGAAGCGAAGAAAGCUAAUAUGCGCGGUGUUUGUUAUUUGAGUCGAAUUCCUCCUCAUAUGGAUCAUGUUAAGCUUCGUCAACUUCUUUCGCAAUUCGGUGAUAUUCAAAGAAUUUAUCUUGCUCCUCAAGAUUCUAAUGCCAGAGUGCAAUCUAAGCGAGCCCGGGCAUCCCAAAACCAAGCUUAUUCAGAAGGAUGGGUUGAAUUCGCCAAUAAAUGUGUUGCCAAGAGGGUUGCCAAUAACAUAAAUGGUGAACAAAUAGGGGGAAAAAAGAGGUCAUCUUUCCACUAUGACCUUUGGAAUAUUAAGUACUUGAGCAAGUUCAAGUGGGAUGAUCUAACUGAAGAACUAGCCUUCAAAAGAGCUACUCGGGAGCAAAAACUGGCAUUAGAACUGUCUGCAGCCAAGAAAGAGAGAGAUUUCUAUAUGUCCAAAGUUGACCAGUCGCGUACUUUGAAUGCUAUAGAUGAGAGGUUAAAGAAGAAGCAGAAGGUUCAACAUGUGGAAAGAGUGAUUCGGCAUUUCCCUCAAACAAAGCCAAUAGCUGCUGCUAAUGCUAAAAAAAGUAAAACCGAAGUGUCAGACGAUCUUCUAGAUGCAGUAUUUGGUGGCUUGUAAUGCAUGUAUUGAUUGAUCUUCCAAUAUGGGGUGCUGCUACCUUGAUGUAUUUAUUCACUUGAAUUUAGGUUUUGAAACUGGUUAUCAAAGUAAUCUGUAUACAAAACAAGCAAUAAUGUUUCCAAAUGGAGUUGAACUUUGAAUUGGACAAGACCUGGUUUUCCAUGUUCUGUUUUUGCCUCUGUUAUAAAAUGUCAAAUUAUGAGUUGUUGUAGUGUAAACUCCAAAUCUGUUGUUGUCUAUGCUGAGUACUUUUUUUUUGGUACAAGAA